AUGAUCAUCUGCAGCAGUUUUGCCGUCAUCUUCAUCGGAUGGAGGCUGUACACCAAGCUCGUCACGCAGGUCCGCCAGAUUGCCUGCCUCAACAACGAGAAGCAGCGCUACUUCGCCAUCCCCAACACCCGCGUCUCUUGGUUCAAGCGGAAUAUCCUCUACGCCCCCAUCUUCCGCAAGAGGCACAACCGCGAGUUUCAGCUCAGCACGGCCGUCAACGUCGGCACCCUGCCUACCCGCAUGGAGCUUGUCUUCCUCGUCGGCUACUUCAUCACCAAUGUCGUCUUCUGCGUCUACGGAAUUCCCUUCACCGAGCAGUUUAACACCGCCGCCGGUCGUUUCAGGGACCGAACCGGUAUCCUUGCUGUCAUCAACAUGAUCCCCUUGUUCUUGUUGGCUGGACGUAACAACCCCUUGAUUCCCCUCUUGGGUUUGUCCUUUGACUCGUACAACCUUCUCCACCGAUGGUUCGGCCGCAUUGUCGCCCUCGAGGCUCUCGCCCACACCAUUUCUCAUCUCUGGCGUUCCGCUGCCAAGGGGUCUUGGGCCGCCGCGUGGUCAACUGCCUGGACCGUCCCCUUCAUGAUGUGGGGAUUCAUUUCCACCAUUGCCAUGGUUGUCAUCUGCCUCCAGGCCGCGGGCCCCCUACGACACGCCUUCUACGAGACGUUCAAGAUCCUCCACAUCGCGCUCGCCAUCCUCUCGAUCGUCGGCCUCUGGUACCACCUCAAGCUCGCCGACCUCCCUCAGCUCCCCCAGCUUGGUGUGGCUUUUGCCCUCUGGGGCGCCGACCGCGUCAUUCGAAUGGUCCGAGUGGCUUACAGGAACUUUGGAAAUGGUGGCAGCAGGACCGUGGUGGAGGCUCUUCCCGGCAACGCCCUCCGCAUCAAUGUUACGCUUGCGCGGCCCUGGACCUUCAAGUCUGGCCAGCAUGCGUACCUGUACUUUCCUUCCCUCGGCUACUGGCAGUCUCACCCUUUCUCGGUCGCUUGGGCUGAGGACACGCACGACCCCAACGCGGAGAAGCUCGCGAUGAACGUUCAGGACCUCGCCUCGGGCAAGAAGUCGACCAUGUCCUUCAUCGUCAGGGAGCGAACCGGCAUCACACACACUCUGUACAAGAAGGCUGCGGACAGCCCUGAUGGAAAGUUCUCGACCAGCUGCCUCGUCGAGGGGCCCUACGGAUCCCUCCACUCGCUCCAGUCUUACGGAACUGUUAUGCUCUUCGCCGGCGGUGUUGGAAUUACGCACCAGGUCCCCUAUGUGCGGGAACUCGUGGCGGGCUAUGCCAACGGAACGGUAGCGACCAGGAAGGUGGUACUCGUCUGGACGAUCCAGAGCCCCGAGCACCUCGAGUGGAUCAGGCCGUGGAUGACGGAGGUUCUCGCCAUGGAGAAGAGGCGCGAGGUGCUCCGCAUCAUGCUGUUUGUCAGCCGUCCCAGGUCUACCAAGGAGAUCCACAGCCCCUCCGCGACGGUGCAGAUGUUCCCGGGCAGGCCGAAUAUCGAGACCCUCAUGGGCAUCGAGAUGGAGCACCAGGUCGGCGCUAUGGCGGUAUCGGUAUGCGGACCUGGCACCCUGAGCGACGAGGUGAGGAGGGCCGUAAGGAAUCGGCAGUACACCGGCACAGUUGACUUUGUCGAGGAGGCCUUUACGUGGUAA